GGCCCCAGGCCGGGCAUGGCUUCCCUGCGGUCCGCACCGUCCUCCCGCCGCGCCGCGCCUCCGGAGCCGCCCCGCCAGUAGCAGCCGCAGCAGCCGAGCCGAGCCGAGCCGAGCCGAGCCCCGCCGGCAUGGGGGAGAAGGCGGGCACCAGAGUUUUCAAAAAGUCCAGCCCAAACUGCAAACUCACUGUUUACCUGGGGAAGCGUGACUUCGUGGAUCACCUGGACAGAGUCGACCCUGUUGAUGGUGUCGUUCUCGUUGACCCGGAGUAUCUCAAGGAUCGGAAAGUAUUCGUGACGCUGACCUGCGCCUUCCGCUAUGGCCGUGAGGACCUGGACGUCCUGGGCCUCUCCUUCCGCAAGGAUCUCUUCUUGGCCUCCUGGCAGGCCUUCCCCCCUGCCGAGGGCACCCCUGAGCCUGAGCCACUCACCCGCCUGCAGGAGCGACUGCUGCGCAAACUGGGUGCCAACGCCCACCCCUUCAGCUUCCUGAUCCCCCAGAACCUGCCGUGUUCGGUGACGCUGCAGCCGGGGCCCGAGGACACAGGAAAGGCUUGUGGUGUGGACUUUGAGAUUCGGGCGUUUUGUGCCAAAAACCUGGACGAGAAGAUUCACAAAAGGAACUCGGUCCGCCUGGUUAUCCGGAAAGUCCAGUAUGCCCCUGAGAAGCCUGGCCCGCAGCCCAUGGCUGAGACCACCCGCCACUUCCUGAUGUCCGACCGCUCUUUGCACCUGGAAGCGUCUCUUGACAAGGAGCUUUAUUAUCAUGGCGAGCCAAUCAGUGUCAACGUUCACGUGACCAACAACUCCAGUAAAAGUGUCAAGAAAGUGAAGGUGGCCGUGCGGCAGUACGCAGACAUCUGCCUCUUCAGCACUGCACAGUACAAGUGUCCCGUGGCCCAGAUUGAGCAUGAGGACCAGGUGGCCCCCAGCUCCACCUUCUGCAAGGUGUACACACUCACACCGCUGCUGAGCAACAACCGGGAAAAGCGGGGCCUGGCGCUGGACGGCAAACUGAAGCACGAGGACACCAACCUGGCCUCCUCCACCAUUGUGACGGAGGGUACCAACAAGGAAGUCCUGGGCAUCCUGGUCUCCUACAGGGUCAAAGUGAAGCUGGUGGUCUCCCGGGGAGGGGACGUUGCAGUGGAACUGCCUUUUGUCCUGAUGCACCCGAAGCCACCUGAGCAGCCCUCUCCGACAAUGCAGGCCCCAGACGCCGUUCCAGAAUCAGAUGCACCAGUUGAUGCCAACCUGAUUGAGUUUGAAACCAACUAUGGGCAGGAUGACGACAUCGUGUUUGAGGACUUUGCCCGCCUGCGCCUAAAGGGCCUGAAAGACGACGAGGACACCGACCACUUCUGUUAGGAAAUCCUCUGGGGGGGGGGGACAGCUCCCCCACCAACACCCUGUCCCAUGACUCCCUUUGCCUUCAGAGCCAUUUGUACCCUCCCCGCUUUGUCUCAUUGCUGUACUGGGGGUGGGGUUUUCAUGCGACUAAAAUCGGGGAGGGGGUCAUCCCAGCUUUUCUCCUGCUCCCCUGCUGCUACUGCAUAAUUUUCCAAGAGGGAUUUUGAUGUCUAAGGACCCCCCUCCCGUCUCACGCACUGGAGUUGUUUAUUGGGCAUUACUGUCAGAUGGUCCUACCCCAAAGUACCAUUUUGCUGUUGCUCCCCCCCCCUGCAAAGUUCUCUUUUAUAUCUCUUCCUUUAAAUGCUUUGAAAGACUUUGGUAACAGAAUUGGCCCCCAAGUUAAAAGGGGGGCUCUCACCCAGAGCUAAAGAAGGCUUUGGAUGCAUUUUACUCUGAGGCCCGGGAAGGCCCACUACUGCUCCGGCUGGGGAGGGCACCCCUUGCCCAAGCCCCCAGACACGAACCUGCACCCAGAGAGGCACACAGACCAGCCAUCUGCGCAAAGAGCAACUGAAUAAAACAGUGAACUGAAA